CUUGGGUAAACAAGAUCUUCUUAUAUUGUGCUGACUACCUAGGUACCUGUAAUCUAGGUAUGCUAACGAUACCAAUAGGCCUUGACUGUAACAUUCUCGGGUUUGAUGUUUAAAGCCUAUUCAAAGGGUAUUGGGCGUCAUAUAUGGGACACACCGGCUACGUGGAUCAUAGAUGCUCUGAAGAUAUAUACCAUUGCCACUUGGGUCUAUUUGAUCUUAGCUACGUGUAUCAAGUUGACCUUUCUUUUCCUAUAUCGCCGCAUAUUCUCACCGCAGACGAUCACGAAAUAUUUCAUCAACGGGGGAAUUGUGUUUGUUGCUUGUCUAAAUACAGGAUUGCUAUUCAGCACGAUAUUCAUGUGCUCCCCAGUGGCACGUUCGUGGAAUUCGGCUCUAGAUGGCCAAUGCAUUAAUCCUAAAGUCCUCCCCUACUUCUCUGGAGUCACGAGCUUUCUUACGGACAUUUACAUCCUCAUCUUACCUAUACCUCUUUUAUGGCGCCUGAAUAUGGGUCGAAAGCGAAGAUUCAGACUUGCACUGAUAUUCGGUACGGGUUUAUUUGUUUGUGUUGCAAGUAUUGUUCGGCUGUGCAUGACGCCGAUCUUGUCAAGUAGUUUUGAUGCCACUUGGAAUAUUUCUAACAUCACGGUUUGGGGAACUCUCGAGGUCAAUAUUGGCAUAAUAUGUGCCUGUGCAAUGCUUUUCCCAGCAUUUUUUGAUCGUCAUCUACCACAGUGGGCCAAACUAUCUAUGUCUCGUCUUCGAUCAUACACCCAAAGUUUUGCCGUCAGGGGCACGAAAGACUCAAACCAUUCUUUGAGUAACGAUCAAAACACUUGGCCUAAUUAUAAUAAUCUGAAUGAUACGGAAUCGGUGAAGCUGGUGAUACAAAAAACUGACACGUUCAGUAUGGAGGAUGUUGUCUUGCCACCAAGGAUGCCGGAACCGAUCGCCCGACAGAUAUAAAUGCGCGAAGCAUCUGCUGACAUUGCUCUUGCUGAGCCUAAAGGUUAGUAGGAUAUUCCAAUUGACUGGUCAAGGAUGAAUACACUUCAUAUCAAAAAUAUGAUCUUCAGUAUCAAUGGAGGGUCCCAUGUAAAAAUAGCGCUACCACGACACGGGAGCAAUG